CACUCCUACCAAUCCACGUCUCCAGACCACUGGUGCUUGUUAAUCGCCACCACUGAGCCAGAGACGGAGACAGAGGUGGACGCAUUUUGUCGUAACGACGCGAGCUGAAACGCUAAGUGCGCAGUGACAGAGGAAUAAACCAGCCAAGGCAGAUAGACAAAGUUUUGUGGGACGCGGUUUUCUUUUUCACUGAACGUCAUCCUGGUCCAUGGGUUCAAGUUGCACAUAGGAGUAGGCUACAGGUUUCCAAUGGACAGACACUUGGAGACGGCUGGCGCAACAAGCAUGGGAUUAUUUUUGUAAUGUGGAUUGCUACUCCCUUGCAAGAAAAUAAAGGUCUGCUGCGGAACAAUGUGAGACGUUAUGCGUCUUGGAUUCUCGUGUUUCUGGAUAUCUUAAAAAUCAUUGGCAACAGUUGAGAAGUUAUGCGCAAAGGAUUGUACCCUCCAACCCCGGGACCAACAUGGAUUUGCCGUUACAACCCUCUGCCCCUUAUUUAGAGAAGUUUUAGCCGGUCCACUUGUGUUGUUGUAAACUUCAUGUUUGAGAACAAAUCGCCACAUUGGCCUCUUGGAUUUUAAAGCGUCGCCUGCCUUUGGAUUGGAUUUCCAACACCAUGAACUUUAUUGACAGUUUGACACUAUUAUUUUUGACGCUGUCAGCUGUCAAGAGUGCCCACAUACCGAAGGAAACAGAGAGAGGUCCACAUGACGUGAUCCCUUUAAUGGAGGUGUACAACAAGAGUUUGUGCCAGCCUCGGGAGCUGCUGGUGGAGAUUCUGCAGGAGUACCCGGAGGAGGUGGAGCACAUCUUCAUACCGUCCUGCGUGGUGCUGACGCGCUGCGCCGGUUGCUGCAAUGACGAGAUGCUGCAGUGCAUGCCAACAUCCAGCUAUAACAUUACAAUGGAGAUUAAAAGAAUAAAACCACAAAAGCAACAAAACGAUAUUUUCAUGAGUUUUACAGAACACAGCGCAUGUGAGUGUAGGUUAAAGAAAGAAGUGAGAGAACAGAAAGAAAAAAAUCAAAACACAGAGGCUAACACAUCAGUCCAUCUCUCUCCUCAGUCUCUCAGGCAUCAAUCUGCGUUGUUGUCCUCUUUCUCUUGCAGAAAAUCCCGGAAAGGCAAGGGUAAAGGCCAAAAGAGAAAACGAAAGAAAAACCGUGACAAAACAAUUCACGAUGCUGUUUGUGAGCCAUGUUGUGAUCACUGCUCAGAGAGGAGAAAGCGUUUGUUCGUGCAGGAUCCUGCAACCUGUCGGUGCUCCUGCAAACACACAGACGAAUACUGUAAAGAACGCCAGCUAGAGCUCAACGAGAGGACCUGCAAAUGUGACAAGCCAAGAAGAUGAGAGAGGUGGGAGCACCAGAUGUACAAGAUGAAGGAAUAUUCUAAAGAUAUUUCACAGCACAGCACUUUGACCUUUGAACCGUAAGCUCUUCUUUUCUGUGGAAAGCAUUCCCCUUGGACUGGCUGAGAGAGAACAAAAAGAAAGACUGAACUGAAGUUUCCUCCCACUGUAUAUCUGUGUGUAUAUAGACCAUGAUAAAAAGAAAAAGAGUACAGAAUUGUUAUGCUGCUACAGAAACAAAUAACUAAACCUAUCAUUUGACAAAACGCAAAUAUCCGGCAAGUGGUUUUGCAUUUCUAACAGGCUUGCAAUGCAGGUGUAGUCUUGUUGUCAAUUCAUUGUAUGCAAUUACUUCACUGGAUAUGAGUCUACUGUGGUUGUGUGUCAAUCAAAAGUUGCAAAACCUCUCAAUCUAAGAUAUAUUUAACUGCUAAAACAGCGGGUGAGGCCGAAGAAGACAUGGGUGCGCCCUCCUUUCAAAAGUGACGGAUGGAUUUUUGUCGGCCGAUGUCUACUUUCGCUUUGGACUAAAACAGGAGGACACUGGGACAGCUGAUGGAAACCUUGAAUCUGUGUCUUCAUGAUAUCGCUUCCUUCCCUCAGAGGACAUUGCAGGGCUGACAUGGACAUACACAAUGUUUUCACUAUUGUGAUCAGCUUGCAGGAGAAGAGGCUCUGGAGUGCCAUAUACUUUUAAAGGGAUACUGGUCAUCAAUAAUAGCAUUUAAUGUUUUGCUAUGUCCGACAUGAAAACCACUGAAACAUCCUAUACUGUAGUUUGAUUCCAUUUGAAAAACUGUGCCUCACAAAAAUGUACUGAGAAAUCUUUCGAGUGCUUUUUAAAUUAUUUUUGUUUCAUUUUUCAGGAGAGGGGAUUGUCAAAGUAGUUGUGUUAGUUGUUGAGCUCAAUACAGAAUCCAUUGAUUGCAUAUCUUCUUCUCUGAACUUGUACAUACUUAAUAUCCCUUUAUGCCAUAGUCCACUCUAGAUAAUUUAUAAUGCUAUAGAGUAUUUUUCAGUAUUCAGCCUUCUACCCAUAUUUAAUUUGGUCUAUUUAUAUAUGCAGUGUUAUGUACCUGUGGCUGUCCCACCCCCCCACCCCCCAAUGUGUAAGGUCACUGAUGGCUACUCGCAGCAUGGACACUCUCUGUGCUUUUCUACGAAACAAAAAAAAGAAAAAAAAAAAAAUCAAAAAUGAUUUGUUAACAUUCCCUAGAUGGAUCGCUUGUAUUGAUGUGCUAAUGACAUCUCUGGAUUUUCAACCCCUCUUAUCUAAGGGUGUGGGUGCCGUGUAGAGUUUUUAACGUUUCUGUGCGUUUGUGUCCAUGUGUGUGUGUAUGAAUGUGCGUCCAUGUGCAUUAGCCAAUGUGCACAUCUGCGUGUAGGUGUUAGUAAGUUGUAUUUAAGUAUUUAAGUAUGUAGCGGACCUGUGUUUUGUCCGUCCUGCAAGAUGCAAAUACAAAUAAACUACUGCUAGCAGCUCAGUAUACACUACCACAACACUACCACAGUUUUAAAUUUUAAAACAACCUGCCAUCAGUCUUAGAGCCCUCGUUAUUAGUUCUCUUUGUCUCUUCUUCUCUAUUAACAUGUUUUCUGUGUCUAUGUAAAACAGUAAAGCAUAUUUAUUUUCAAAUUAUAUUGUUUUUAUAUAAAAUAAGGAAAAGGUUGCUGUGUUGUGAAUGCUGUGUUUUCAAGAGAUUUAAUUAGGCAACAUGAGUUUCCAUGUUUUUGUGCGGCAAGCUGAUACUCACGCAUCUAAUAAGAACCCCUGCAGAAUGUAACCUGAGCGGAAAAUAGAACGGCAAAAUAAGAAAUUCCUGCACUCUUUUCAUGACAGACAGACCGAGAUUCAUCCUUAUGAAUAAAAUGGCACUUUGAAGCA